AUUCUUUGGUUUUUUGUUUGAUUUUUUAUUUUUCCUUCCAUUUGAACACAUUUGCCGUCUGGCAGCUCCUGCGACUGAGAGUUGUUCCGUUCAUCUCAAUCUAAAAAGCUGAACAAUGAGUUACGUUCAACAAGCACGCGAGAAUCACGUCAAGAAGAAAGUCGAAGAAGCUUUACGUAGUAAAAUGAAGGUGAAAGCACUUAAAGAGUGUGAUGAGUAUACAAAGAAAUAUGCUGAAUGUGCUUUAGGGAGAACACUUUCUGUUGUUUGGAAGUGUCGUGGACAAGCUAAAGUGUUGAAUAACUGUCUUCAUCAAUUCACAAAUGAUUCCGUCUUAGAGGAAAUGAAGAAAGAAUACAAUCUAAAAGAAGCCGGAGAGGGCACUGUUAGACUCUAGACGAAUGCAAGAUGAAUGCCAGAAGCACAAUUUACGAAUAUAUAUUGAUGCAUCCGACAAUCAACUUUAGUUAGAUGUUUGAAAUGAGGUCAUCAACUCCGCCAUGGAGCUUCAUUAUAACUGCAACCUUUUCUUUUAUGUGAAUGUUGUAUGAAAUAAUAGGACAAAGGAAAAGAAUUUGUAAUGAUGAUUGUUGUUUGAUCUUAAAAUAGUUUCCUAUUAGUACAA